AUGUGUGGUAUCAUUGCUCUGAUUCAGGCGAACCCCUCGUCGUCCGCUGCCAUCGACCUUCAUGAGGCACUAUACCUGCUUCAACACAGAGGUCAAGAUGCAGCAGGAAUUGCCACGUGCGCAACCGGCGGUCGCAUCUAUCAGCUGAAGUCGAACGGUAUGGCCGCCAAGGUUUUCAACGAUGGCGCCAGGGUAGCAGACCUGCCGGGUUCUAUGGGAAUUGGUCAUUUGAGAUAUCCUACUGCCGGGAGCAGUGCCAACGCUGAGGCUCAGCCAUUCUAUGUGAACAGUCCAUAUGGUAUCUGCCUGGCCCACAACGGCAACCUGAUCAACGCUCCCGAGCUGAAGAGAUAUCUCGACAUCGAAGCCCACCGUCACAUCAACACUGACAGCGACAGUGAGUUGAUGCUGAACAUCUGGGCUGACGAGCUGAGCGAGACGAAGAAGGCGCGUGUCAACACUGAAGACCUCUUCUCUAGUCUCAGCCGCAUGUAUGAGAGAUGCCAGGGUGGCUGGGCUUGCACUGCUCUGCUUGCGGGCUUCGGUCUUCUGGGUUUCCGUGACUCCUAUGGUAUCCGUCCUCUCGUCAUCGGUUCCCGGGCCUCCCUUGACGGUGAGGGCACCGACUACAUGAUGGCGUCCGAGUCGGUCGCUCUUCACCAGCUUGGAUUCAGCAACAUCCGCGACAUCCAGCCUGGUGAGGCGGUUAUCAUUGAGAAGGGUUGUGAGCCUAUCUUCCGUCAGGUUGCUCCCAAGAAGUCCUAUGCUCCUGACAUCUUCGAAUACGUGUACUUUGCUCGUCCUGACUCCGUCAUCGACGGUAUCAGCGUGUACCGUAGCCGUCAGCGGAUGGGUGAUCGUCUCGCUGCCAGAAUCCUCGAUGUCCUUGGACCGGAAGUGGUCAAGGAUAUCGAUGUCGUUAUCCCCAUCCCUGAGACCUCUACGACGUCUGCGGCGGCCGUUGCCCGGUAUCUGGACAAGCCUUACUGCCAAGGUUUCGUCAAGAACCGCUACGUCUUCCGUACCUUCAUCAUGCCUGAGCAGAAGACCAGACAGAAGGGUGUCCGCCGCAAGUUGAAUGCUAUGCAGGCCGAGUUCAAGGACCGAAAUGUCCUCUUGGUUGAUGAUAGUAUUGUGCGAGGCACGACCAGUCGGGAGAUCGUCAAUAUGGCCCGGGAAGCCGGUGCUAAGAAGGUUUACUUUGCCAGUUGCGCCCCAGAGAUCACACAUGCUCAUAUCUAUGGUAUUGAUCUGGCAUCGCCUGCCGAGCUCGUCGCACACAACCGCGACACCGCGUCUAUAGCCAAGCACAUUGGUGCGGACAGUGUCAUCUACCAGACAUUGGAAGACUUGAAGGGUGCCUGUGCUGAGAUCGCUCAGGAGAAUGGGUUGUCCGAGCCACGCGACUUUGAAGUCGGUGUCUUCUGCGGUAACUACAUCACCCCGGUCUCCGAUGGCUACUUUGAGCACCUGGAGAAGCUCCGCGGCGAAGGUCGCAAGAUCAAGGCGCUGGACCGUGCCAAGGAAGCUGUCACCCACGGCUUUGCCAGCGAGGAUGACUUCCGCAUGGCGGCCAACGGUGUCAAGCUGGAUGGCUCGGGCAACAUCAUCCCCGCUCAGGACCCCAGCGAGUCGGAGGUGCCCCAGGUCAGCGUGUGCACCACCCGCAAACACAAGGAAGAGGAGCACCCCAAGGUGAAGGAUCUUAUGGCUCGUAUGACACGAUCCGCCACUGCGCGGGAGACAGCGCUGCUUGCUGCUCAGAUGCAGCAGAAAGACGCCCAGCCAUCCAAAGUAUCAGACCCGGAUGCUGCAGCCUCCAAAAAGUCAUCCAGAAGAGCCACCACCGCUACAUCUGGCGGUCGGCCCAUGAAGCGCAACGGGAUCGUGGGCGAACCUGCCCCCAAAAAACUAAAGACAAACGGCAGAACUACAAGAAUCAAUAAUGCUCAAGAACUUCCUCACAACCUAGGUUCGGCUACUCUGCUAUCCGAGCUGCAAGAUAAGAGCGCUCCAAUCAAGCUAGACACCCGCGACACCUCUAUAAAGAAAGAAGACAUAGAUGCAAUUUCCAAUACACUGCAGGACACUGUGGACAAGGCCACAAGAGCGGCCUCGGGGCCUAGAGAAAAGGACAAGAGAUCCAAGAAGACUAAUACAUACGGCCUCACACCUGGAAUUACCCCAUUCCCGAAUUGGGCGCACCCCACCCCUGAUGAAUGUGAAGAAGUCAAUCGACUGCUCUCGACCAUACAUGGAGAGAUUGUUGCCCCUACCACUAUUCCUGAGCCAUCUCUCACUGUUACCGGCUGUGGCGAGGUUCCAUCAGUCCUUGAUGCUCUCAUUCGCACUUUGCUCAGCGGAGCAACAACGGGCAAUAACUCCGCCAUGGCUUUUAACGGUCUUGUGCAGAGGUUUGGUAUCCUGAAAGAGGGGGUUGGAAAAGGAAGUGUGGAUUGGGACGCUGUCCGUCGGGCGCCACUCAAAGAUGUCUUUGAAGCCAUCAAGCGUGGCGGCCUAGCAGACGUCAAAAGCAAGAAGAUCAAGGCUAUACUAGACAUGGUCUACGAAGAGAAUCAGCAGCGUAGAGACAUGCUGCUGAAAGGUUCUCAGGACGCGCCACAGGAUCUGCUUACGAAGUCCGAAGGUGGCAAGCAGUAUGAAAUUGCAUGCGCUGACCAGAACUUCCUAUCCCUGAACCAUCUUCACAGCUUAGCCACAGAGGACGCCAUGGUGGAGUUGGUCAAAUACCCGGGGAUAGGCCCAAAGACUGCUGCUUGUGUCUUACUGUUUUGCUUGCAACGCCCUUGCUUUGCGGUCGAUACUCACAUCUUCCGUAUCUGCAAAUGGCUGGGCUGGGUGCCUCCGGACAAAGCCACGGAGAUUACGGCGUUCAGCCAUCUCGAAGUACGCAUCCCUGAUCAUCUGAAGUAUUCCCUUCAUCAGCUCCUCAUCCGUCAUGGUAAGUCUUGCCCACGAUGUCGGGCAAUUACUGGGCAGUCAUCUGCCGGAUGGAAGGAGGGUUGUGUGAUUGACCAUUUGGUGAAAAGGACUGGAAAGAGGAAGGGAGGUAGCACGGAAUCAACGGAGGAUGUCAAACCCAAUGGACGAAAACGCCGUGGUUGA